UUUUAUAUUUGUGGCUUAAGAUGGAUCGUGUAAUUGGUGGCAAGUUCAAGCUUGGAAGAAAAAUUGGAAGUGGCUCUUUUGGAGAGCUUUAUCUAGGGGUAAAUGUGCAAACCGGAGAGGAAGUUGCUGUCAAACUGGAAUCUGUGAAGACCAGGCAUCCACAGCUUCAUUACGAGUCAAAAUUGUAUAUGCUUCUUCAAGGAGGAACGGGUAUUCCCCACCUUAAGUGGUUUGGAGUUGAGGCAGAUUACAAUGUCAUGGUAAUUGACCUUCUUGGACCCAGUUUGGAAGAUUUGUUCAACUACUGCAGUAGGAAACUAUCGUUGAAAACAGUGUUGAUGCUUGCUGAUCAAUUGAUUAAUAGAGUAGAAUAUAUGCAUUCGAGGGGUUUUCUUCACCGUGAUAUAAAGCCUGACAACUUCUUGGUGGGCCUUGGACGCAAGGCAAAUCAGGUAUUUAUCAUUGAUUAUGGCCUUGCAAAGAAGUAUAGGGAUCUUCAGACUCAUAAGCAUAUCCCAUACAGAGAAAACAAGAACCUCACAGGCACAGCUCGUUAUGCCAGUGUGAACACUCACCUUGGAAUUGAGCAAAGCCGAAGAGAUGAUUUGGAAUCCCUUGGUUAUGUGCUUAUGUAUUUUCUAAGAGGAAGCCUUCCAUGGCAGGGGCUAAGAGCUGGCACAAAAAAGCAAAAAUAUGAUAAGAUUAGUGAAAAGAAAGUAUCAACUCCUAUUGAGGUUCUCUGCAAGUCAUAUCCAUCUGAAUUUGUUUCUUAUUUUCAAUAUUGUCGAUCUUUGCGGUUUGAAGAUAAACCAGAUUAUUCAUAUUUGAAGAGGCUUUUCCGUGAUUUGUUUAUAAGAGAAGUUUAUCAGUUUGACUAUGUCUUUGACUGGACUGUGUUGAAGUACCCCCAGAUUGGCAGUAGUUCCCGAAGCAGACAUUCCAGUGGAAGGGCAGGUUUAGCUGCAGGACCAUCCAUUGAAAACCCAGAAAGAAUCUUAGUGGGAAGAGAGGUUCGGGAUAAAUUCUCUGGUGCAACUGAAGCUUUUUCCAAAAGAAAUGUUUCUUGUACUAGUCCUCGUCGUGAUCGUUCUAGAAACAAAACUGCCGAGAAUGUAACUUUGUCCAAGCAUGUGCACCCUGAUUCAGGUAAAAGAAGCAGUUCUCGAUAUGGUAGCACUUCAAGAAGAGCUGUAGCAACAAACAUGCCUAGUUCAUCCGGCAAACCCAAUGACAUUCCACAAAACCAACUAUCAACAAAUGAUGACGGUCGCUUGUCAACCACACAAAAAAUCCAACAUGCCUUUGAGGUCAAACCAUCUAGUCGUGCAGCCUCUGGUAGAGGAACCCGUGAGGAUCAUCAUCUUCGGAGUUUUGAACUUCUCUCAAUUAGGAAAUGAUGGAGAGUGGUAUAUCAACUGUUGGCCAUUGUUUUAACAAACUUGCUAGCUCAACUGUGUAUAAGGGAUAUCACUCAGGAUCCAAUGCAAUUGCUACUGUUCAUGCCAUUUCCCUCAUCAUGUUGCCAAACAUUUUUACAUCAUUCACCCCCUCCCCUCAAGAAUGUGGCCAUUGUAAGUGUUUAAGAAAGCAUUGAAGACAGCUCAUAUUUGAGUUGAAUUACUGCAAUGAAAAAC